GCAGUCCCGUCUUAUUCACAACAGUUCGUCUACUUCUUUAUGUAAAUCUAAUAAUUUUAGCUAAUUUCGUCUCUUGAGUAAUACAAAUAUUUUUGCAACCUCCCACGUUUAGUACAAAAAUCAGUAAACUUUGUAAGGCGCCGGUGGGACUACGAAUCACUUUCAUUCAUAAGUUUAUUUAUUAUUAGAAAUGAAGAACCAAAUCUUUCUGAUAAAUUACGAAAGGUGGGAAAUUAAUAAUAACAUUUUGUAAGUCGAAGGAAAGCCGAUGUUAGUCGUUUCUCUAUUAUUAUCAACUAAAAAACCAAGUGCUAUAGUGGAAAUUGCAAGAAGUUAUUCAAAUUCAUUUAUAUAUAAUAAUUAAUAAAUGAAUUUGUGUAACUAUUUUUUUAUUUAUUCGUCAAGUCAGGAAAUCUAGAAGACAGUAAGUAUAACAUUUAUUUUUGAUAUUUGUUCCCCUGUUUAGGAGCCGGAAAUGCGCAAACGUACUUAAUAAACUUAUUAAGCAUGUCCUAUGACUAAAAAAUUAGGUCUCGGGUGGAGUCAAGUAGUUAUAGACAAGGAUUGUUUUUUUUAAUUCCUUCCAGUUUUUCUUAAAUUAUUAAAUUGUUUACUUGAAAAACUGGCAAAAGAGUUGUUAUUAAUAAACGAAUAUUGCUAGUUGUAAUUUCUUCGACCGCAAGUUUUUCUUUGAUUGGUUAAUUCAGUUCGAACCGAGCUGUGUAUGGCGAUUGAGUAAGCGCUUACUUAAUACUUUCUCUCUCCUCGCCAAACCUUUAUGAGUACGAGAGAACAGCGGAGUGUAAUUCAGGAAGAAUGAAAACCCUAUCAUCCGCAACAAGUAUAAAAGAAAUGCCAGCAGCUCUAUUCACUCCAAAUGCUCGCAAUGUUGCAAUUGUUAUGUUUCAGUGCUGUCAUUUUAUCGGCAAGCCCCCAAUUUCUGCCGCUUAAUGACGCCAUGGAGCGAAUAAUCUACGGCACAGUGGUCGACAUUUCAGAUUUUCCUUACCAGGUGGCUUUGGUCUCGCGCCGGAAUAACCGGAAACGGAUCAUCUGCGGAGGCGCCUUGGUGAAACCCCGAGUUGUUUUCACAGCGGCCCAUUGCACCCACACGAGGAACGACGAAGAAAGGGAGAAUCUUUCGGUCCUGGUGGGUGCCAACCACGUCAACGACCCGGACGGGGUGUUUCACGAGAUCGACACCGUUAUGAAACACCCCGAUUUCAGCUACCACGAGCUGGAUAACGACUUUUCAGUGAUUACUUUGAAAGAACCAGUGGAAUACAGUGACAAAGCCAGGAGCAUUGAUAUCUCCAAUGCUGACCAUGACGGCGGCACUGUAGCCACCAUUUCCGGGUGGGGAAGGACCGAGUAUGGAACCCCAUCCAAGUACCUAAGGGCCACCAAACUCACGGUGGAAAAUUGGGACAAGUGUCAGGAUUAUUUUCCAGGGGUUUUUCACCCCAAAAUUACCAGGAAUAUGAUCUGUGUGAGGCCCAGCAGGACGACCACCUACUUUGGCGACUCCGGGGGACCCCUGGUUGUGGACGGCAAACUCAUCGGCUUGGUGUCGUUCGGACGCAAGGUGGGUGGCGAGAAGAAGACGACGGUUUUUACGCGAGUUCGCAAUUUCCUGGACUUUGUAGAAGAGGUAGUGCCUGGUUUUUAAUUGUUAAUAAAUUGUACAAACUGUUA